UAAAAAUAAUAGAAUUAAUGGGUUUUCUCCAGUCUUCUUCUUCUUCUUCCUCUUAUUUUACUACUCUCAAAUGGCUUGGUUUUGUCACUGCCGUUUGGGUUCAAGCUAUUUCUGGCAACAAUUACACUUUUUCUAAUUACUCUGAUGCUCUCAAAACUCUUAUGAAUUUGAACCAGCUUCAACUUAAUAAUUUAUCCGUCGCUAAAGAUGUCGGUAAAGCGUUUGGUUUACUAGCUGGUCUCGCCUCUGAUCGGUUGCCGACGCCUGUUAUUCUUCUUAUUGGUUCUAUUGAAGGUCUUGUCGGUUAUGGAGCUCAAUGGCUCGUCGUUAGUAGGAAAAUUCAACCUCUUUCUUACUGGCAGAUGUCAAUAUUCCUCUGUCUGGGAGGAAACAGCACGACAUGGAUGAACACGGCGGUUUUAGUGACAUGCAUCCGCAAUUUCCGGAGAAACAGAGGUCCGGUUUCCGGCAUCUUGAAAGGCUAUGUAGGAUUAAGCACCGCCAUUUUCACCGACCUCUGUUCGGCUCUGUUCGCCGACAAUCCGGCUAGCUUCCUCUUAAUGCUCGCAAUUAUCCCGUUCGCGGUCUGUCUCGCAGCCGUCGUCUUCCUCCGGGAGAUUCCACCUUCUACCUCUGUAGAGGAAGAGAAGGAAGAAUUCAAAUACUUUUCCGUCUUCAACGUCGUCGCCGUUAUCGUCGCUGUUUAUCUAUUAGGAUACGGGUUUAUCCCGAAUCCUAGCAGAGCACUGUCGUUAGGGUUCGUGAUUGUAUUAUCAAUCCUAUUAGCCUCACCAAUGGCGGUUCCGGUUUUCUCUUUCGUAAAAACCUGGAACCUGAAGCGCUCAAACGACAAAUCAGACGACAUCGAAGGGAAAAUCAGCGAACCGCUGCUGAGCGGAGCUGAAAACACUGUGCAAACCGGAGAGAUCAAUGAAAAGACGGAGGUUACAGCGGUGGAGGAAGUGCCCGCGGCGAAGAAGAAGCCGGAAAUCGGGGAGGAACACACGAUUAUGGAGGUGUUAUGGACAGUGGACUUCUGGGUAUUGUUUGUUUCGUUUCUGUGUGGAGUGGGUACUGGGCUAGCCGUGAUGAACAAUUUGGGACAGAUUGGAUUGGCUCUUGGAUACACAGAUGUCUCCAUUUUUGUUUCUCUUACAAGUGUUUGGGGAUUUUUUGGAAGGAUUGGUUCUGGUUCUAUUUCUGAAUACUUUAUCAAGAAAGCAGGAACACCAAGGCCGAUUUGGAAUGCAGCAUCCCAAAUUUUAAUGGCAAUUGGCUACAUUCUCAUGGCGAUGGCUCUGCCUGGUUCCUUAUACAUCGGUUCCAUCGUUGUUGGUAUUUGCUACGGAGUUCGUAUUGCCGUCACAGUCCCAACAGCCUCUGAAUUGUUUGGACUCAAAUACUAUGGUCUAAUUUACAACAUUCUAAUUCUCAAUCUUCCACUCGGCUCCUUUCUCUUCUCGGGUUUGCUUGCCGGACUUCUAUACGAUGCGCAAGCUACCCCAACGCCAGGUGGCGGCAACACUUGUGUCGGUGCACAUUGUUAUCGGCUGGUUUUCGUCAUCAUGGCUAUUGUUUGUGUGAUUGGAUUUGGUUUGGAUGUUUUAUUGUCAAUUAGAACAAAGAAGGUUUAUUCCAAGAUGCAAAGUAGCAGGAGAUCAAAGAAACUGACUGCAGCAUCCAACAACCGGUAACCUUCGGUCGUGUUUCGUGUUAUUCUCGCACGUGCUCAAUCUAUAGUUGCAUAGCGGAUUUGGGUUCGAGUACCGAAACCGAAGGUGCAAUGCGAAAUAUAUAGAGGAUUGAAGGGCUUUUGUUGCCCAGUGAUGUCCUUGAGGUAUUCUUUUUGGUCUUAUAUUUAGCUAGACCAUUCAAAAUUGUACUUAAUAUGUUUUUAAUUUGCAUUUCUCAUGUGUACUACCAUUUGAUUUGUUCUUGUCUAAUAGUGGUACCACAUAUUAAUUAGAUUAGUAUUCCCCCUGUACUUCAAAUAUUUAGACUUUUUUAGUGUGUGAAAUUGUUCUUUUUCCAAGAUAAAUAAGAAAAAUUUGUUUUAAUUGA